CUAGUGUUUAGUGAUUUACGGAACUUGUAGCUACGUCAUCAUUUCGCGUGAAUAUUUUUUAAUCUGAACUAACCGGUGAUUGGUUGAGUUUGUGCGGCAGGUAGUGGCUGAGCAGGAGUUCCUGGUAAACAGACAAACUUGUUUACGUUGUACGUACUUCGUUUGACAACCGGUGGUUUCUCGCUAUUGGAGACCAAGAUGGCGGCGGCGUUGGCUAUGACAGCAUCGUCGCCGUCACCUCAACACCAACAGGAAGACUCGGAACCGCGAGAUGGGCCCCCGGAGGACAGCGAGGCGGAAGUUUUCCUGUCUGGAACUCACUGUUCGGAUCUGGCGUGGAGGCAGAAUGAGCAGAGGAAGCAAGGCCUGUUCUGUGACAUGACUCUGGUGUUUGGCGGCGGGGCAGGGGGUCGGGAGUUCCCGGCACACCGCUCGGUCUUGGCUGCGGCCACGGAUUACUUCGCCCCGCUCCUGUCUGGGCAGUUUGAGGAAUCCCGCUCUGGGAGGGUGGACAUGAAGUGGAGCUCAGAGCCGGGCCCGGACCUGGAGACCGUGGAGGCUGUCAUCCAAUACAUGUACACCGGGCAAAUCAGAGUCUGCACCGGAAACGUGCAUGAGGUGUUGGAGCUUUCUGACAGAUUUUUGUUGUUACGCCUCAAGGAGUUCUGUGGGGAAUUUUUGAAGAAAAAGCUCAACCUGUCGAACUGCGUGGCCAUCCAUAGCUUAGCGCAUAUGUAUACACUUAGCCAGCUGGCUCUAAAAUCUGCCGACAUGAUUCGUAGGAACUUUUUUAAGGUAAUUGAGGACGAUGAGUUCUAUACGCUUCCGUUCCAUCUUGUUAGAGACUGGCUGUCUGACCCAGAGAUUACUGUGGAUUCUGAAGAGGUUCUGUUUGAAGCCAUUUUGAAAUGGAUUCAGAAAAGUGCUGAUGAGAGGGAAAAAUAUUUUGAGGAAUUGUUUAAACUUCUUAGACUAUCCCAAAUGAAACCCACUUACCUUACACGAAAUGUAAAGUCAGAAAGGCUGGUGGCUGGUAAUGAAGCUUGCUUGAAGUUGGUGGCUGAAGCUGUUGAAGGACAUGCUUUAAGGUCAGAAAACAUUCAAUCUGGUCACUUUCAACCACUGGCCAAUCACAUGACUUCCUUACCACGGUUUGGCCAGAAUAUGGAUGUAAUCAUGGUGAUUGGUGGAGUAUCAGAAGGAGGGGAUUACUUAAGUGAGUGUGUUGGUUAUUUCAUUCAUGAGGACCGCUGGGUGAAUUUACCACACAUUCACAAUCACCUUGAUGGUCAUGCAGUGAUGGCUACUGAUUGUUAUGUCUAUGUGGCUGGUUCUAUGGAGCCUGGCUUUGCCAAGACUGUAGAGAGGUACAACCCAAACAGAAAUAUUUGGGAACCGGUCAGCAACCUAAUCACCCGCAAACACUCCUUUGGUCUGGUGUCUGUCAAGGGCAAUCUCUACAGCAUAGGUGGGCAUGGGAACUUCAGCCCAGGUUUCAAAGAUGUUACUGUUUAUGACCCAGAGCAAGAUAAAUGGCAAAUCCUGGAGAGUGCCCCGAAGAUCCUGCGCGAUGUUAAGGCUGUAAGUGUGGAGGAUCGUUUUGUCUACAUUACUGCUCGUACUCCAGUCGACAGCGACAAUGAGGAUGGUCUUAGAACCAUUAACUGCAGAUAUGACAUCGAAAGCAGUAGGUGGCAGGACGUAGAGUCUCUCCCCUUGCUGGACAAUUACUGUACGUUCCAGAUGUCUGUGGCCUGCACCAACUUCUACAACACAGCCUCCUGCUGCCCCAAGAGCUUCUCUGUGACUGUGGAAGAGGCUCAGAGCAAGAUUAGUAGACAGACUCAAAGUGAAAUACUUGAAAGUUUGCCUCCUGAGGUCCUUAGCAUUGAAGGGGCUGCUAUCUGUUACUUUAAAGAUGAUGUUUUUAUUAUUGGUGGCUGGAAGAACAGUGAUGACAUUGACAAGCAAUACAGGAAAGAAGCUUAUCGUUACUGCUCUGAGCGCAAACGCUGGAUGCUACUUCCCCCCAUGCCCCAACCGCGGUGCCGCGCCACUGCCUGCCAUGUAAUCUGUACUCCUAACCCUGUUUUUUGGUAAGUGUUGGGUUGGCAUGGAGUGUUAGUUUUCACUGCAUGUUGUUGCCACAUUUUACUUCACAAAUGCUAACUUCUGGUUGUCCAGCCGUUGUUGUACCAUAACUCCUGUGAUAUGCAGCAAGGGCCAUCCUUUGGGGAGCACAAAACAUAGACCAGGCCCUGCACUUA